ACUCGUUAGUAUCAACAAAGUUCAGACAAAGUCCAGCAGUGUUCAGCUCGGAGCUGCCCGAGCCGCACACACGUAGCUCCGUUCACUCUGCUCGGAACCAUGACUGAAGCGGACCUCUACACUCUGUACAAGGGCGUCUAUGUACCAAACGCGAUACAUACUCCGGAGAGCCUCAAGUACUACGAGGAGUUUACAUUUCGUCCUGACGAUGUUGUCAUCGUAACGUACCCCAAGUCAGUUUCCACACUGACUGUUGUACCAUCUCUGCAGGUGGUCUACGUCAUGAGGAACCCCAAAGACGUGUUCACGUCUGCCUUUCACUAUUACAACAUCACCUCAUUCUUGGUGAAACCGGGUCCGCAGAGCGAAUUCCUCCAGAAAUUCCUCACGGGAAAAGUUAUUUUUGGCUCCUGGUUUGACCACGUGAAAGGCUGGCUGAACGCUAAAGAGGAACUGCAGAUCAUGUAUAUCUCYUACGAGGAUAUGAUAAAGCAGGACCUGAACGACUCUGUGAGCAGAAUCGCUCAGUUCCUGGGGAAGCCCUUGGAGCCYGAUGUGCUGAAGAAGAUAGCMGACAAAUGUUUAUUCAAAAACAUGAAGAACAACCCUAUGUCCAACUACUCGGUGGUGCCCCAGGAAUUCAUGGACCAAACAAAGAGUCAGUUCCUUCGUAAAGGGGUCGCUGGAGACUGGAGGAACCUGCUUACACCAGAAGAGGCACAGCACUUUGAUGCAGUGUUCAAAGAAAAAAUGAAAGACGUGAACUUUAAAUUCAACUGGGAUUAAGCCAGUUUAGUGCAAUUACUUUAACCAUUUCAUAAAAAGAAUUAACCUGUAUGUCAGACCACUGACUGAAAAAUUCAAUACUGUAUUUAAAAGAAAUCAGUUCAAACUUYGACCUCUUCUUCUGUGACUUAACUAAGUUACAAAACCAAAAAAAAACAAAAACUAAUCCUCAACGUUGUGAUCCGUUUUGCCUAGGAARUCAGAGCUUACUGGGUAAGUGGAACUGGGAAAAUACCUAAAACCCAAAUUUCUAAAUUCCCAAAUUCAUGGAAACACUGGUUUUGCAAAUUUGGAAAACCAGUGAGUUAACUUGGCUAUUGAAGGCAAAGUGUKGUCUUCAAUAGCCAAGCUAACUGUGUUAAGUGACAUAAGCCAAGAAUAAAAAAAACCCUUAGUGUUUAAUGCAUUUAAAAUAUCAUUGAAACACUUUAACUACUGUAGUUAGUCCAGUAGCUAAGCUGAUAACUGAUUGAAUCAAAUGGAAACUGUCAACAGAAUAAAUAGUUUAAAACCUG